UUCGACUGGCCCACCGACUGGAUAUUAGCCGUCAUGCUCGCAGUGGAUGCAGCCGGAAUGGUAGGAUGCGGGAGAGCUCGCUUGAAUAUUGCCCCUGAUCGUCCGAUUGGAGUCUCUUUUGUCGAUAACCCUACUUGCAACGACGAGCUUGUGGACAUGUGUUGGAGCUUGGGGUUUUUUUCUAUGUUGCAACCAAGACAUCAGGUCAUCUUCGAAGCGCACCUGGCGUGGUUCCUUGGCACAGGCGGGAGAAGUUUCACUCAGUUCUCCAGGCGCCAGUAAGGAUGCCGGCAGGCACUUUGGACGUUUAUCUAGACUGCGCAAAAGGUCUCAAGGACACCGAGAUCAUUGGAAAAGCAGAUCCCUAUGUAGUUCUGAAAGCCGGAAAAGCAACCGGGAAAACCAAGACUUGCAAGGAUCAAGGUGGCUCGCCAGUGUGGGGAGAGAAGAUUCGUCUUCACAUCGCACCCGGCUGCAAACAAUUGGUUCUGACGAUCUUCAAUGCCAACACAUUUUAUAAAGAUGACAUAAUGGGGACAGCGACGAUUACUCUGUCCGAAGUGUUUGAUGCUGACAACAAGUUUCCGGAUGGGACCUUCUUGAGCCCGUCGGCAGAUUAUCCAGUUACUCGCGUGGACGGGAAAUCUCAGGGGAAAAUCACACUCACGUUAGUCUUCGAGGAAGAAGGAAACAACCUAAACCUAGGGGAAUGAAACCUUGUAAGUAUUGACCGGGAGUGCCCAGCUAGAAGGUUCAAAGACGCCGUUAGUCUUCUGCGGACAUUUCAGGCGACAAGGUUAGACUAGAAGGAACACAUAGACCAGAUCUACAUCGCUGAAUUCAUGAAGCUAGACCUAAGUGUCGCUACUAGCAAUGCGCGGGGAGGGAGAGGAUCUAGGGAAACCUCGUCUUGUGUAACUGUCGAUCAUCCUACACAAUUGAGCUUCAGUGCGUAAAUGACUUUCGAGUGAGUCAUCGGACUCAUUCUACAUGUAACCGAAGCACUUUCUAAAACUUUUCUGAUCCCCAUCAAAUCCA